AUGCUCAAGGUGGUCGAUCUCAAUGUCAUAACGACCGAAGAUGAGCUCUUACCCAUAAUGAAAAGUGUUUUACGAAAUGAAAGUGUCAUAUUACUGAAAAAUUAUGCAAAUAUGGAAACACUGCGAACGCUAUCUGGCAUACUAGCAAAAGAUUCUCCUGAUGAUUUGGCUGGCUUCGACAGUAACUUUGUUGGCUGUACCAAGCUCGAAAACGGCGUUAGUGUGGAGCAGUUCAUUGGCAGCGCAGACAGCGUGGGCGUACAAAACACUGCCUUGAGUAAAAUGAGCUCAAGACUAGUCAAAAUAGCUAUCUUCUUUGCCCGUAUUUGCCUUGCUGCGGUAAAUUUUGAGAAAGAGGAGGCUGUACUCAACGAGCAUAAUAGCGCUGUGAAGGUUACGCGGUACCAUAAACCCAUCUCCAAGUCUGUGCUAGAUUUGGAGUUUGACUAUGAAGAUGAAUAUGUUUUACACAAUUCCCCUGGCAUCAUAACAGUAUUUCCUGUUGCCCACGGUGUACAAUUCAAGGAACAUGGGAAAUGGGCACCAUUGCAAGAUCCAGACAGCAUCUUGAUCCAAACAGGUACUUUACUCUCACAUUUUUCCAAUGGAAUGCAUGCAUCAGAUUCUGUUAAGAUUUCGACUACAAAUACUACAUACCUGACAAUAUUCCCAGCAUUAGAGUCUUUUGUCAAUGGACAGACGGUUUCAAGGUUGCUCUUGUUGAACCAGCUUCAAGAGUUUCCUCAGGUCGCAGAGGUUUUAUAUCCAAAAGAGAUGGCUCAACAAAACCUUGUCAAAAGAGUUGAUUUUUGCAAGGGCAUCUUCAAUGUCACUGAUUCUGUUAUGUCAUUGUACUGUGUUUCUAGGUCCCUAACAUCGUCCAACCCAGAGCUGGAUAAAUUGUUACCCCAAAUCUCCAACAUGUUAAAGAAAAAGGUCUCGCAAGAUGACUUUCUCAGAAUGAUGUACAUAUGGGAUGAGGCUUACAUUCUAGAGGUCGGUAACGAUCAUGAGAUUACGAUUGGGCUGCCGCCCUCGGGACUAUUAAACACACUGACAAACAAAUCCCGAAAGCUGAGAUACACUGAGCUGGCAGAUAAAUGGCUUUCUGAUGCAAUCUUACAACCACAAAUACUUGCAAACGUUCCUGCUUUAAAAAUACGAAAGAGGAGAGCCAGCAGCACCUCUGAUAUCCAAGGGGGGCAGGUUCAGGAAUUGCACGCUCCUCGUGCGUUAGCCCAACCGAAAAAGAAUCGAACAAGAGGUUACAUUGCGAACACGAAGGAGAAGUUCAUGUUCAAAGAGCUCUCGAACAAUGAAAACGGUGAGUCUCUAUUGGAAAGGAUUCGCGAAAAAGAACGGAGAGCCGCUGCACUUUUAUCCCAGAGAGAAAGGCAAUACGAACAGUUUCUCAAUGUCAAGACAUUUCAAGUGUUUGAUAUUCUAAACUCUCUGACCCCUGACAGACCAUAUACCACUACACAUUUGAUAUCUUUGAUCGUUGACAGCUUGGUCGAUAGUAAUAAUCCAAUUGGCGAAAGAGAAACGUAUGAUAUACUUCUUCGACUACAAGCUCUGUUGAAGGAUAAAAUCAAAAUCAUUGAAGCGGAGGGAUCCCUCAAAGUUUUCAGAUGGCCAAGUCUUGACCGGCUAGUCCUUGAAAAGAGAAUAAAAGAGUCAAACGAACAGUUGUUCAACGGCUAG